AAUUCCGGAGCCACAGAAUUGGAAGAAGUAGAUCAGCUGCGUGUUAAACUCUCUGAGAAGCAAAGGCUCCUGGAGCGAGAGAUAGCUUCCAACAGGCAACUCAGUGAACGUCUGGCACAGCUGGGGAUGUUGGCUGCUUCACCCAGUGACAGCGGGACCUCCGUGUGA